AUGUCCCUGCACGUCCCCGAGUCGGUGCCAAUCUCCAUGCCCCCAUGGAAGCAGGCACCAGGCACAAAGGGGCCGGCUCCCAACCCACCCCCUGUCCUCAAGGUCUUCAACAGACCCAUCCUCUUCGACAUCGUCUCCCGGGGGUCACCGGCCGGCCUGGAUGGGCUCCUCUCUUUCCUCCUCACCCACAAGAAGCGUCUGACAGAUGAGGAGUUUCGAGAGCCCUCCACGGGGAAGACCUGCCUGCCCAAGGCACUGCUCAACCUGAGUGGGGGCAGGAACGACACCAUCCCCCUCCUCCUCGACAUCGCCGAGAAGACGGGCAACAUGCGGGAGUUCAUCAACUCGCCCUUCAGGGACGUCUACUACCGAGGUCAGACAGCCCUGCACAUUGCCAUCGAGCGCCGCUGCAAGCACUACGUGGAGCUGCUGGUGGAGAAGGGAGCGGACGUGCAUGCCCAGGCCCGUGGCCGCUUCUUUCAGCCCAAGGAUGAAGGUGGCUACUUCUACUUCGGCGAGCUGCCCCUCUCGCUGGCUGCCUGCACCAACCAGCCCCACAUCGUGCACUACCUGACGGAGAACGGGCACAAGCAGGCGGACCUGCGGCGCCAGGAUUCUCGCGGCAACACCGUGCUGCACGCCCUGGUCGCCAUCGCCGACAACACCCGCGAGAACACCAAGUUCGUCACCAAGAUGUACGACCUGCUCCUCGUCAAGUGCGCCAAGCUCUUCCCCGACACCAACCUGGAGGCACUGCUCAACAAUGAUGGCCUCUCCCCCCUCAUGAUGGCUGCCAAGACUGGCAAGAUCGGGAUCUUCCAGCACAUCAUCCGGCGGGAGAUCACAGAUGAGGACGUCCGGCACCUCUCGCGGAAGUUCAAGGACUGGGCGUACGGCCCCGUGGGGCCAGAGGGCCAGGUCCCGCUGACAGCACCCGUGUCCCACCAGAACCGCCAUGAGAUGUUGGCCGUGGAGCCCAUCAACGAGCUGCUGCGCGACAAGUGGCGCAAGUUCGGGGCCGUCUCCUUCUACAUCAGCGUGGUUUCCUACCUCUGCGCCAUGGUCAUCUUCACCCUCGUCGCCUACUACCGCCCCAUGGAAGGCCCCCCCCCCUACCCGUACACCACCACCAUCGACUACCUGCGCCUGGCCGGGGAGAUCAUCACCCUUCUCACUGGCAUCCUCUUCUUCUUCACAAACAUCAAAGAUCUGUUCAUGAAGAAGUGCCCAGGCGUGAACUCCUUCUUCAUAGACGGCUCCUUCCAGCUGCUCUACUUCAUCUACUCGGUGCUGGUGAUUGUCACGGCGGGGCUCUACCUGGGCGGCAUCGAGGCGUACCUGGCCGUCAUGGUCUUUGCGCUGGUCCUGGGCUGGAUGAAUGCGCUGUACUUCACCCGGGGGCUCAAGCUGACGGGGACCUACAGCAUCAUGAUCCAGAAGAUCCUCUUCAAAGACCUUUUCCGCUUCCUCCUGGUCUACUUGCUCUUCAUGAUCGGCUAUGCCUCAGCUCUGGUGUCCCUCCUCAACCCGUGUCCCAGCAGCGAGUCCUGCAGCGAGGAGCAGUCCAACUGCACGGUGCCCACCUACCCCUCCUGCCGGGACAGCCAGACCUUCAGCACCUUCCUGCUCGACCUCUUCAAGCUCACAAUUGGCAUGGGUGACCUGGAGAUGCUCGAGAGCGCCAAGUACCCCGGCGUCUUCAUCAUCCUCCUUGUCACCUACAUCAUCCUCACCUUCGUGCUCCUCCUCAACAUGCUCAUCGCUCUCAUGGGUGAGACCGUGGGCCAAGUCUCCAAGGAGAGCAAGCACAUCUGGAAGCUGCAGUGGGCCACCACCAUCCUGGACAUCGAGCGCUCCUUCCCUGUCUUCCUGCGGAAAGCCUUCCGCUCGGGGGAGAUGGUCACCGUGGGGAAGGGCACUGAUGGGACACCUGACCGCCGCUGGUGCUUCAGGGUGGACGAGGUGAAUUGGUGAGAGGUGAGCACGGUGCCAUGGGCUGGGAGCAUCCCUCGGGAUGCUGCUUGCAGCCUCUGAUGAGCCCCAGGAGCUCCUCCUCUCUCCGCAGAUCGGUGGUCGACAGUGGUGCCACGUGUGGUGGAGCUCAACAAGAGCUGCCAGCCGGAGGAGGUGGUGGUGCCGCUGGGGACCAUGGGUGCAGCAGAGACGCGGGAGCGGGCCCCGGAGGCAGCCCAGCUCAGUAAGCAAAUGCUGUAG